GCUGACAGUUGUCCGGAUGAAGCUGAAGUGUCUUCACAGCUGCUAGAAGCACCAGCCUGGCCCACAAGAGUACACCCAGCCUUGACGGGACCCACCUUCUGCAGGCCCCAGGGUCAGAGCCUGCUGCUGACUCCAAGUCUCCCAGGCUUCCUGCAGCUGCUGUCAGCAUGGCUGAGGUCCCUGCCGACCCGGGAGACACAGACCUUGAGCAGAAGAUUCUGGAGGUGCUGAGGGAUGCUGGCUCCCCUGUGAAGACCGCCCAGCUGUUAAAGAAAUGUCAAGUGCCCAAGAAGAAGCUCAACCAGGUUCUCCACAAGAUGAAAGAGGAGUCUAAAGGAGUCAUGCUCGCAGGCCCUGCGACGUGGUGCUUGGGCGACAGCGGGACCAAAGAAGUGGUUCCCGCAGAGCGGGCAGAGAGGCCCCAGCAAGACGCAGUUGCAAUUCCGAAGAAGCCUGGCCCCGAGCUCAGUGGACAGCAGGAAGAGAUCUACCAGUUUUUGGAAACCCACGGGCCCCAUAAAGCCCUGAUGAUCGCCAAGGCCCUGGGGAUGAAGACAGCAAAGGAAGUCAACCCAGACUUGUAUGCGAUGAGGGACAAGCACCUCCUGGACUUUGACCAGAAAUCAAACUCGUGGUCAAUUUAUCGAUCAGAAGGUUCUAGAAAUCAGUCCACCCCAGUUAUUUACCAGCAAAAUCCAGUCAACAUGAUCUGUCAGAAGGGACCAAACAGCCACAUUUCCAUCCAGCACUGUGAAGAUAUCCAGAUUGGACACGGGAAUCUCCUAGUGAGACAAAUGGGCUCUGGGGAAAACGGCUCCACGGCUCCCUGCUGCCUCUCUCCAAUGGCUGCUGCUGAUCCCUCAACUCUGGAUUCCCUGGCUGGAUCCUGGGGGCCCCAGGACAUCCGGAUGGAGAAGUCUGUGCUCAGACGAGUUCAGAUGGGACACGGCAAUGAGAUGAGGCUUCACAGCAACCCAGCCAAGGGCUCUGCCCAUGGCGCCUGUGACAGUCCCCCAGCCUCUGUCCUGGGUACCAGCCCAGAAGCUUCCAUCGAAAUUCAAAUCCCUGAACCAGGACCUCAGUGUGAAGGGGUCACGUCCCAGAAAGUCCACAUUCGCUCCUGCUUCCUCGAGGACACCACCGUCGGCAACAGCAACAGGAUGAUGGUCCACCCAAGGGCAGCUGAUGUCAAGGGAGUCAAAAAGCAUAGGGAGCCCGGAGGCGACAUAGAGCCUCCCCACCGAGACGCACUGUCCAGAAGCAAGGUCCCUCCUGUUGGCAGUCAGGCCGACCCCGCCAGCACUGAGACGCUCAUCUCAGAAGAGCUGGCAGCUAUGACCCUUGAGAGGCAUGACUCCGAAAACACAGAAGACACCUGCUGAGUGAUGGAACCGCAGAGCCGGUGUCCCCGGGGGGGUGGGGGGUGGGACUCAGAGCAAACAGCCUGCAGGCAGACUCACACAGAAAGAGCCUGGGGGUGGGUGAGCUCUCUGCUGCCAUAAAUGUCACUUUUUACCUUCUCGCCUCCGGACACAUGACCAGUGUGGGUCAGCAUUUGGACUGGACCCGACGUGGGGUGAAGGCGGUGUCGCGGCAGUCCAAGUGCAGCUUGGAAUAGAAGUUCCAGACACAGAGUACUGCAGAAAGUACUGUCUAUUAAGAACAGAGAGCAGAAAUAAAGUGGGCACUGUGAUCACAGUGGGUCAUCAAGUCCCGA